UAUUCACACUUGCAAGUAAAACCCUUUGAAUUUUUUUGAGACUUCUGGUUGCAAAUCAUUAUAUCAGGAGCUGCACUCUAAAAAUGUAACAUUGGAAGGCAAGUACAAGAUUGAUGGUUUCGUGAGUUCGGUGAACUGAGAUUCAAAACGAAAAACUCACGUCAGUGUAAAAACUGCCUAUAAGAUUCACUUCCACAUUUUUAUUGCCCUCGAUUUCAUGCCCCUGUGACAUUCUCGUGCCGCUAGCCCUUGGUUGCACUGUGAAAGAUUUUGGCGCGUACAUAUUUUUGGUGUUUUUUCGAGAUUACAAGUUCAGAAACUGUGGAUAAACCUUUGUGAAUAGAGACUUUGGGUUUUUAUAUGGCACUAUAAAAAAUAAUAAAUAAGGAAGACAACAACGAUUCUUUGCACACUUUUGCUAGGUUUUGAAGGGCUUUGCGAAAGGAUUUUUUGAAAUUUUGACAAGCUUGAAUCGGGAUUAACCAAGCUAUUUGCCAUUUGUUACUGGCAACAAGCUAUUUGCCAUUAGUAUUUGUGUAAAGCAGAAUUCCAUCUCCAUAAUAGACCAGAUUCUAAACUAAGGAGGCAACAAAUUAUUGAGAAGGUAUCCAGCCAAACCUAUAGAAGGAAUUCCGGGUAGAGAACAUGUGUAGCAGAUGGAUGUUUCAUUGGUAUUGAGGAUGCCUCAAACAUCUUGUCUUUGAAAAUAUUAUAAAUUUAUUCAUAUUACGAGGUUUUCAAGGUCUGGUCAGAAUUGAUAUUGCAUGGGAUUCCAUUUCCAUUCAUCAUGAAAGUACUGGAUGCUAAUGCUGGUCUACUCUCCAACUUUGAAGUGAUGGAUCUGUUGCGAUCCAGAGGAGCCACUCAAGAUCCUUUGGGUUCAUCUGGCUCUGCAACUCGAUCUGAAUGCCAGGUUUUUGAUUACUUGGUGCAGUCUCCAGCGGGAACCCUGACUCGGGAGAUUGUACGGGAGUUCUUGUUGAAGGCAGAAAAGUUUUCACUUACAAAAGCAGAACGACUUCAAGUUCUAAAUCUUAGGCCUUCCACAGCAGUUGAAGUCCAUAUGAUAAUAGAAGACUGUGAGGAGAGAAUGUCAAGUUCAACUGUUGAUGAAUUCCUUGAAAUGGUCAAGAGUACUUUACCACCCCCGCCAAUGAAACCUCAGGUAGAAGAUGAAGAGGAAAAUGAUGAAGCAGAUGAGGAAAAUGAUGAAGCAGAUGAGGAAAAUGAUGGAGAAAUGGAUGCCGAGGAAGAAGUGGAAUAAAGUGCCUAUGUUGUCAACCAUCAAGUGAUUGCAUAUUGUAAUUUGUAAUAUGAUAAUAUUAUAAUCUUUUACAUCAGAAAAGGUGGUGUAAUAUAAUGUACUUCAAAAAGAAGGCUAGUUAAUAUAAAAUGGGGUCAAGAGACAUCUCAU